AUGUCUCUCGUGCGCGCACUUGAGCAGACGCCCGACAAGGCACAUGUGCACACUUCCAAAUCCACUUCCACCAAUGCCGAUGGUACUUCUCAACGACGGCACACGUGUCCCCGCCUCGGAUACGGCACCGGCACCAUCCACCGCGAGCACGACACCACCUCCACCAUCCUCUCCGCGAUCUCCGCCGGGUUCACCCACCUCGACGGCGCGCAGUUGUACAAGAACGAAGAGUUCCUGGGCGCCGCGAUCGCGACCGUGCGCGGCGCGCUCGAAGACUCGCUCCGGAAGCUGCAGGUGGACUACGUCGACAUGUUCCUCAUCCACGUGCCCAUAUUCUUCGCGGACCUCAAGGCGACGUGGCGCGAGAUGGAGGGCGUGAAGGAGGCGGGGCUCGCGCGGACGAUCGGGCUGUCGAACUUCAACGCGACCCAGCUGCACACGAUCCUGGAAGACGCGAAGGUCAUUCCCGCGGUCAAUCAGGUCGAGUAUCAUCCGUACGUGUACGACACGAACAAGACCCUUGUCGCCAUCCACGAGCGGCACGGCAUCGCGACCGCUGGCUACUCCGGGCUUGCGAUGCUGACUCGGUUCCCGGACGGCCCCGUCGACUCAGCGCUGCUGGCUCCCAUUCGUCGGCGACUGGAGAAGGAGGCAGGAGCGCCUGUGACUGAGGCUCAGGUGCUUCUCUUGUGGCAUCGCGCGCACGGGGUGAUAGAGAUCACGACUAGCUCUAAGGCAGAGCGCAUGCAGGAGUACCUCGAUAUUUUGCGCCUUCCCGACUUGACACCGGAGGAGGUGAAAACAAUAGAUGACGCUGGAUCCACGGUUCAUCGCCGAUUCUUCUGCAAGAACUGGAUGGAUGCGUGA